UGGGUCACCGUGUACCUGUUGAUUGUUUGUUAAGAUAACAGACUUUGCAUUUAGGAAGUUAUUGGACAGGAAUCUCGACAGUGUGCAGAACUGUGCUGUUUGUCGUGAUUAUUGAAAUGGAUUUCUCUAAAUUAGCUGACUGUGGUCCAUGUCUUCGAGACAAUAAGAAGAAACUGUCUAGUGAUUGGUGUAUCGAAUGUGCAGAACCUCUCUGUCUUGCUUGUAAGAAAGUACAUAAUCUUCUGAAAAUGACCAGUGAACAUCAUUUGAUUGAAAAUCAAAAAAGUAGUUCGGACUCAAUUUCGCACGAUGACAUUUUAGAUUUACAAAACUGUACCAUUCAUCAAAAUUUCAUUAUAGAUAGGUUUUGUAACAAUCAUAGCACAUUGUGUUGUCAGUGUUGUAUUGAAGAGACUCACUUUUCUUGUAAGAGUGUCGAAUCAAUUGAAACAGUGGCAAAGAACAUCAAGGCUUCUUCAAAAUUCGAAAAUACAAGUUUACAUUUAAUCAGUUUGAUACAGUUGUUAACUGAAAUACGAAAUGACAAACGCAGUAACAUUGGAAACAUUCAGCAUUCCGAGUUAGAAGUGAAGAAAAAAAUUGAAGUGGCGAAGAUUAACAUGAUUAUCAGAAUUAAAGAAAUGGCUGACUCUUUAACCUCCGAACUGCAAAAUGUGAAGAAAACGAAAAUUUUGGAACUGGAAAAGCAAGUUAAAGAAACAGAACAGCAGAUAAAUAAGCUAGAAAAGAAGAAAAGGAUAAUCGACUUGUUUAACCAAAAAGGGUCGGAAACGCAUACUUUUCUUUUAUUGCAAAAACUGAAAUCAGAACUUGCAACGGAGGAAAGUAUGAUAAGAAAAAGUAUUGAGGAAUGCGAUAACACAUACCUUAGUUUCAAUGAUGGGGAUGACAUAAUGUCUCUCCCAAAAGUUCUUGGUAAAAUUGAUAUUAUAUCAGAACCGUCGGCUGUCAAGUAUACACCUUCUCCAACAACAAAACGGCGCCAAGACAAAUCAGAUAGUGCAUUACCGAUAUCACAUAUCAAAUCGUUUAAAUUGUCUUCUGAAUUCGAUAUAGAUUUUGAUAAGGGAUUCGUUUCAGGUAUGUGUAUUAAUGAAGAUGACGGAAUUCUGCUCUGCUUACGUGGGACAGAUAAAUUAUUAAUGUAUAAUUUGGAAGGAAAACCCAAUGGAGAAAUAGUGGUGAGUGGAAACCCGUUUGAUGUUUCUUGUGUACCAGAAACUGACAAAGCAGUUGUAACAUUGCCAGAUUCGUCAACAUUACAGAUGGUUGAUGUUGAUAUGAAAGAUGCAGAAAAUAUCAUCGACAUGCCAGAAAGUUGCUGGUCGGUAACUACGGUGAAUAAAAAAUUAUUUAUUGCUGGUGGUUUUAAAAGCUUGUAUGUGAUAGAUAUUGGAGGCGAAAAACUCGAAGAAAUAACGAAGCCAGAAUGUGGACGGACAUAUUCUUUGACAUUCGCAGACGACAAAUUCUUUUACUGUUCCGAUGUCGAUUUUAAAAAUGAAAAAGUUUAUUGUAUAACUGAAGAAGGGAAUUUUGUUUUCUGUUAUUCAAAUGCGAAUCUAAGAACUCCGACAGAACUAGCCGUGGACCUAAGAGGCAAUGUUUAUAUCACAGAUUUAGACUCUAACAAUGUGCAUCGAUGUUCUCCAUCCGGGGAUUUUCUCGAUGUUCCUAUAAAAGGGAGUGACAUUACGGAACCAAGAUCUAUUUGCUUUAACAGAGAAACAACUCAUCUCGCACUAUCUAAUAAAAGUGGGAAAAGCAUUUGUGUGUAUAAAAGCGUUGUAUGAGUA